AUGGCGACCACAUCAAAGCAGCGUCUUGCGCUCGCAAUCUGCGACUUCCUCUCCACAUCGGUGGAAGAUGGCACAUUGAGUGGUGACGACAAAGACUCUAUCGAUGUUGCCAUCAACUGUAUUGCCGAGUCCUUCAAGGUCGACCCCACCUCGCCGGCUGCCAUAAAGGAAGCCAUUGGCUCCCAGAGCCUCCUCAAAAUCUACAGCGUCUACGAGAAGAUGCAGGGCUCCCCUAAGUCAGCCGCCUCUCCCAGCAUCCCCACCGCCGCGCCCGGUGCCAGCAGUGCAAGUGCCCCCAGCGAUGCCGACAAGAAGAAAGCCGAGGAGCUGAAGGGCCAGGGCAACCGCGCCAUGGCCGCCAAGGACUACCACAAAGCCAUCGAACAGUACACAGAAGCUCUCGCGCUCAACCCUGGCAACGCCAUCUUCCUGUCGAACCGCGCAGCCGCCUACUCUGCAGCACGAGACCACGAGUCCGCCCGCGCCGAUGCCGAGGCUGCCGUCAAGAUCGACCCCAAGUACACGAAGGCCUGGUCACGUCUAGGACUCGCUCGCUUCGCUCUCGGUGACGCUAAGGGCAGCAUGGAUGCGUACAAGCAAGGAAUCGACUACGAGGGCAACGGCGGUUCCGACGCCAUGAAGAAAGGCUACGAGACGGCCAAGAAGCGCGUUGAGGAACUCGAGCUCGAAGAGGCGGACGCAAGCGAGCCGACUAGCCCUACUGCGCGCGGAGCCGGCGGAGCACCUGAUCUGAGCAACUUGGCCAGCAUGUUCGGUGGAGGAGGCGGCGGUGGCGGAGGCAUGCCCGAUCUCAGCAGCAUCAUGAGCAACCCCAUGUUUGCCAGCAUGGCGCAAAACCUUAUGUCCAACCCGGACAUGAUGCAGAACUUGAUGUCGAAUCCGCGGCUGCGCGAGAUGGCGAACAGCAUAGGCGGUGGUGGCGGCAUGCCCGAUUUCGGCAGCCUGAUGAACGACCCCAACAUUGCCGACAUGGCACGAAAUAUGAUGGGUGGAGGAGCGCCAGGAGCCGGACGAGGAGCUGGAGGCCAAGGUGGUACGCAAUAA